UGCCUCCCCACUUUUUCAAAUGCUCUUCUUCCUCGAUCGACAUUCAGCGAAACAAUAAGAAACCCUGCUCACUCCCGAACUUCACGCGUUCAAUCUCAUUGGCAAGCGAGGCAAGCCGGAAGAAAGCAACAUGCCCCCCACCCCGUGCGCGAACUGCCACGCGGACCGCGCGGUGAUCAUCCGCCCGAAGAACCGCCAGAAGCUGUGCCGGCAGUGCUUCCUCAACAUCUUCGAGACGGAAGUGCACGAGACGAUCACGGCCACAAAACUUUUCCAGCGGGGCGAGCGGGUGGCGAUCGGCGCCAGCGGCGGCAAGGACAGCACGGUGCUGGCGUCGGUGCUGAAGACGUUGAACGAGCGGUACGACUACGGGCUGCAGCUGACGCUGCUUUCGAUCGACGAGGGCAUCAAGGGCUACCGCGACGACAGUCUGGAAACGGUGAAGCGGAACGCGGAGCAGUACGCGAUGCCGCUGGUGAUUUUGGGCUACGGCGAGCUGUACGGCUGGACGAUGGACCAGGUGGUGGCGCAGGUGGGCAAGAAGGGCAACUGCACGUACUGCGGCGUGUUUCGGCGGCAGGCGCUGGACCGCGGUGCGGAGCGGCUGGGCAUCAAGCACGUGGUGACGGGCCACAACGCGGACGAUGUCGCGGAGACGGUCAUGAUGAACCUGCUGCGCGGGGACCUGCCGCGGCUGGCGCGCGGCACGAGUAUCGUGACGGGCUCCGCGGCCAGCGAGAUCAAGCGCAGCAAGCCGCUCAAGUAUGCCUACGAGAAGGAGAUCGUGCUGUACGCCCACCACAAGCAGCUGGAUUAUUUCAGCACCGAGUGCAUCUACUCGCCCGAGGCGUUCCGGGGCAGUGCGCGCACGCUGAUCAAGGAUCUCGAGAAGAUCCGCCCGAGCUCGAUUCUGGAUAUCGUGCGCAGCGGUGAGGAGAUGGCCGAGCUGGUGCCAAGUGAGGUGCGCGGCGGCGCGGCGGCGGAUGAGGAGGCGGCGGAGACGACCGGGUGUGGGAGUCAGGGAGGGAGUGGCCGGACGAGGGGCGGCGAGAUGGCGGAGAUGGAGAGGAAGCUGGCCGAGGAUGAGGCGGCCGCGGACCGCGAGACGGAGGUGACGCUGGCUACGGCGCCGGCUGCCCGGCGCAAGAAGAACGCAGUCAAGUCACAGGUCCUGGGCAAGUGUGAGCGCUGUGGGUAUAUCUCCAGUCAGCGCGUGUGCAAGGCGUGUACUCUGCUGGAGGGGUUGAAUAAGAACCGGCCGCGCACGGCGAUUGAGAUGGAGGAGAGCUUGGAGGAGAGCAGUUCGACGCUGCGGCGGCUGGAAAAGGUCGAGCUGGGAGGAUAGGCGCAAUACUAGGCCGAAUCAUGAGGUAUGAGAGACGAGACAUGAAUCAGGUGCAUCAUGUGCGCAUUCUAAAGAUAACACCAACCACAUCCGCCAUGCUUGCUCCCAGCAGUUGCACCUUAAGUAGUAAUAUAUAUAUCCGACCUCCACCCGGAG